UAUUCUAAACAAAAUUUCAUUCGUGUUCAUUGAAUUUAGUCAAGUUCGUAAGCUGAUUGUGUGUAACAUGUUUGUUAAUUUCUAAAUUAUAAUUUGAUAAGUUUUAAUUAGUCGAGUGGUGAUAAGCUGAAUAUGUUUCGCACAAAGAACUCGCGUGGCGUCGCUACUGCUGUAGACGUUGAUGAAAGUGCUGGAUUUGUUCGAAAUUAUGCAGCGGAAGAUUACGAUGAUGACGACAGCACUUUCCAUAAUGACCCAGACAGCAAUCGCAGAGCAGCGAACAGUAAUGAAGAUAGUGAAGUUUCCGACACAAAUGAAGGGAGCUCUGUAGAUACGCCUCUUAUUGGUGGAGUUGAAGAUGAUGGCGAAUUUCCUAAAGCCCGUCAUAUCUUCGGUAUAAUGGGUUUCCUUGGUUUUGCAGUAGUUUAUGCAAUGCGUGUUAAUUUGUCUGUAGCUAUUGUGGCUAUGGUGAAUCAAACAGCAAUACCUCAAGACAAUUCCUCAAGCGUCGAUGAUACGUGCCCAGUACCAACACCAAGUAAUACUACCACUCCGUCGAAGGAGGGAGAUUUUUUGUGGGAUGAGGCCACUCAGGGUUUAGUUUUAGGAUCGUUCUUUUACGGUUAUGUGCUGACGCAAGUACCUGGCGGUCGUUUAGCAGAGGUAAUGGGUGGAAAACUUAUUUAUGGCUAUGGUGUAUUGAUAACUGCAAUUUUUACACUACUAACACCUAUCGCUGCAUAUUGGAGUCUACCAAUGCUAGUGCUUGUUCGUGUAUUAGAAGGUAUGGGCGAAGGUGUCACUUAUCCAGCAAUGCAUGCAAUGUUAGCGCACUGGAUUCCACCACUGGAGCGGAAUAAAUUCGCCGCCAUUGUAUAUGCUGGUUCGAACAUAGGUACAGUGAUCUCAAUGCCACUAGCAGGAUGGCUCUGCUCUUUGGAGUUUCUUGGCGGUUGGCCCUCAGCAUUUUAUAUAUUUGGCUUACUUGGCAUAGUAUGGUUUUUAUUUUGGAUGUAUCUCGUGUACGACAAGCCAAGCGUACAUCCGCGUAUAUCUUACAAGGAGCGUGAUUACAUAGAGCGUAGUAUUCGUUCAAUGCAACCACGCAAUUAUACCGAAUUGUUGACCGAAAACGAAAAUGAUGUGAUACAGACAACGAAUGAGGAGAUACCAUGGAGUUCCAUUUUCACAUCACUGCCGUUAUGGGCAAUCUUAAUAACACAAUGCGGACAAAGUUGGGCCUUUUAUACACAAUUGACAGAACUACCCACCUAUAUGAGUAAUAUUCUGCACUUUGACAUCCAAUCGAAUGCAAUGUUAAACGCAAUACCUUACUUCACGAGCUGGAUUGUGGGCAUUCUGUGUUCCGGUUUGGCCGAUUGGAUGUUGGAACAACGCUAUAUUUCUCUACUCAACUCGUAUAAAUUAUGGAAUUCAAUAGCGUCGAUUAUACCAUCGAUCGGACUUUUAGCCACAGCUUACGUGGGCUGCAGUUGGGUUUGGGUUACAGUAAUGUUGGCCGGUGUUGGUUCCUUUGGUGGCGCAGUAUACGCAGGCAAUCAAAUGAAUCAUAUUGCGCUAAGUCCACGCUAUGCGGGCACUAUGUAUGGCCUAACUAACUCGGCGGCCAACAUAUGCGGCUUCUUAGCACCGUAUGUAAUUGGCGUAAUCAUAAACCAUCAUGAGACACUGGCACGAUGGCGCAUUGUAUUCUGGCUGGCGGCAGCUGUAAAUAUCGGUGGAAAUUUCAUAUAUUUAAUAUUCGCUAGCGCCACUGAACAGAGUUGGUCACGCAACCCGCGUCCUACUACAGCCCACACCAUACGCUCCUAAAUUGAUGUCUCAAAUCGGCAUUUGGUUAAAUUGUCGACAAUUCCGUGAUAUACGAAUGGAUGCUAUUAUUUCUUGAGUACCUACGCAAAUGUGUGAUAAUUUAAUAUUUCCAUUUUAACGAAGGGGUUCUACAAGCUGUGUAGAUAUAAAUGACCAAUAUAAUACCAAAAAUUACACGAAAAGAAAAAAACUAUAACUACCAAUUAAGUAGUAGUGCUCAACUUUUAAAGUUCUAAAUUUGUAUGUGUUGAAAUUAUUUAUAUAAAGACUGUGGUAUAAUUUUACGUUGUAAUCGUUUCCAUCAUUCAUUAAGGAGAAAAAUUGGAAUUGAAAACUCACUGUAAACUAUAUAUUACUUUUUCUUUUAAAUUAUGUAAGAAUACUUGUUCCUUUAUAACUGUUGAUAACGAUAAAUCAUUCCAGUUAUUCUAUAUAAGUUAUAAACGAAAAAAU